GCAGCGAAGCAGCCUAGGAUGGACUUUGAGGAAGCUGUAGACGAUGUUAUACCUAUAGCUUUAGCACAGAAGUUCCGGCAGAGAUUGGCCGACCAAAAGGCAGAGACAAGUAAAGCAAACGAAGAGGUAGAGCAGAUGAAAUCAAGAGGGAAGAAAGUCGACCAUCUCUACUGUCGACGGAUCCCAACGGACUUUCUGGAUUGUUUAAAAAGGCUAACUCCUAGGAAUAUUAAAGCCAUCCAUGAACUGGGUUUCGGAGCUAUACUCAGUUUCAAUAUAAAGGAGAUACCCGGGUACCUAGCGUAUUGGGUUCUCACCAAUUUUAAUCUAGCUCGUUGCAAGAUUCCAUUGUCUGGGGGUGAGGACCUAACCCUGGACGAGGAGGACGUACAUCUUACGUUAGGCUUUCCAAGAGGUCCGACACGCAUUCAGCACCCCACCGAAAAACAAUCCAACUUUGUGUAUAAUGACUACGCUGCACAAAGAUGUAAUAAAGGACGGUUCAAUAUGGCCCCUGGAGAUGUUGGGCAGAUGAUGAUGGAGGAUGUUGAUGGGGGACCAGAUUUCAAGAAACUAUUCAUGUUUAUGCUGGAGAAUGUCGCCAUAGAGACUCCGUCCAACGGCAAUGGCAAGCCAAAGAUUCUACAUUUCAUCGACGAUGUGGAUGAGAUUCAGAACAUGAAUUGGUGUGGAUACUUGUUAUCGGUUCUUGAAGUCACGUAUCCCAGUUGAACCCAAGGCCUAAGUGCGUCUUUCACCAGGCCGAUCCACUUCUUAUUGUGCGCAUAUGUGGACCGUGUUGUUCACUGCCGACGGCGAGUAACACGUACCUGGCCCACAAUAAAGGGUUGGAUUUCUGAGGCACUUAGGCAAAGGGAGGAGGCAGAGGGUGAUCAGUUCGGAUUGGGGAGGUUAGAGGGCCAGAUUGACAAGGAGAAAUAUCUUCAAGAGGAGGAAGGGGGGAGGUUGGAAGGGUUGAACAAGAGAUAUGAAGGAGCACCCAACAUGUACAAAGCUAAGCGCAUCAGAGAUUAGUUUAUCGCUUCGAGCGCGCACAUGGCGCAGGCAAUUUCGACGUGGGUUGAUGAUUUUAAAAGAAUACCUGUUGAGUUACUUGACGAUGAGUGCUUUAGAGUUGGGAGUGGAAGAUGAGAAUGUGGUAGAAGAUGAUAAAAUUGUGACAACACUGACGCAGGCAAGGGAGGAUGAAGAAGAGUACAAUCCUGAAUAGAUUGAAGAAAUGGAGAAGAUGAUGGCGGCGUACGACAAGAAGAAGAUGAUAUACAGCAACUUCGCUAGGCCAUCGUUUGUGUUAGAUGGUUUCGAGUGUCGUGACCCCUUUGCUACACAGCAAACACAGGGGGCAGAGGGUAGUGGUGGUGGACGGGAAAACAGUAAUUAUGAGACAGUACAUGAUGCUCCAGUUGUUGGUCAGCUUGUGGAUGAUCACCCGGGAAAUGAUGAUCAGCCAUGAGACAUUCCAAUGCACAAGGCAAGAGCUGAUGAUAUCCCCAAUAGCAUAUCCAACAAUGAUGGUGGAGCCGAACUUGGAGACGCAUCUAAAAAGCAUAGUUCAGUAGGUGCAAGUGGGCCAUUGAAAGGACCAGAGGUGCGUAGGUGUCGUUCAAGCAAGGAUAUAUCCUACUGGUCAGGAUAGAGAUCCUAACUAAGCCUAGAUCCUGGUUUCAAAGAUUCCUCAACCCACUCCUACUAAUCAGUA